AUGUCGGGCCUCGUUCGAUUCGACCUAAUCAUUAGGCUUUCUUGCUUUCAACGCCCAUCACCAAUACCCCCGGCUUCAACAGUCGAGCUAGUCGAGAUGCGCGCGCUGUCCCGGCCGGUGAGCACGCUCUGUGCGCGGUCGCCGAUAGAGACCAUCACCUUCUUCUUCGUCCUCGCCACCCUCGCCUACUUCCACGUGCUCGACGCCGUCAAGCACUCUGCAUUCUUCGCCGACAGCGCGGCGGUCCGCCCGUUGCGCCCGGCAUAUGCCGUGCUGAGCCGCGGCGGCUGGCGCCCGGCGUCUGAGAGCGACUGGCUGGCUGCGAGCGGGAACGCGAAGGUCGAGGUGCAGCAGUUUGUGCUGGCUGGCGCCGAUGCGGCACCGCACGCGCUGGCGAACCUCUCCACGCAUUUGACGACGAAAUUGCACACUGCAUCCGGGCGGACCUACGAUGCGCUCUGCUACGCGUCCCCCAACAACGACUGUGCCGUCGCACAGCAACACCUGCCCGAUGCACUGACGCUCGCGUUCGCCUCGGCCGGCGCACGUGAGGAGUUUGUCGGCACGCUUCUGCGCGGCGGCGCACCGGCCGGGUUUGCGCUCGAGAGCACGACGCGGACGGAGAGCAUCGGGGAGAUGCAGAGCGGCGCCUGGGUCGUGCACGCCGCGCGCGCCAGCGUAUCCAGGUUCGCCGAUCUCGCACGCAAAGCGGACAGCCUGGAUAUUUUGUUGGUGCUGGCCGGCUACGUGCUCAUGCACACGACCUUUAUUCGCCUCGUCCUCGCCUCGCGCGCGCUGGGCUCCAACUUCUGGCUCACGGCCGCCAUUCUAUCUUCGUCCAUUCUCGCAUUCAUGCUCUCGCUCCCUCUCGCCCGCAGACUCGGCAUCCCGCUCGAACCCGUUUCUUUGAUCGAGGCCCUGCCUUUCCUCGUUUGCACGGUCGGAUUCGAGAAGCCGCUUCGUCUCGCUCGCGCUGUGUUCGCACACGAGCAUGCGCUCGCUCCCGCCGUAUCAGAGGGCCGACGCAGGGGCGAGAUGAAGCCCACGCCUGUUUUGAUCCUCGAAGCGCUCGACCGUACAGGCAACGCCCUGCUCCGCGACUACGCGCUCGAAAUCGCCGUACUUCUCGGCGGUGCGUACUCCCGCGUCGGCGGCCUGCGCCAAUUCUGCGCCCUCGCCGCACUCCUCCUCGCACUCGACGCCUGCGCUCUCUUGACAUUCUACGUCGCCAUCCUCGCCGUCAUGGUCGAAGUGCGCCGCAUCGGGGCAUUCCGCGCCAUGACACAACGCAGUCGUCGGAAUUCGCGGGACGGGUUGACGAUCAAGCCUGCGUUGACGCCCUUGCGCCCGUCUGAGGGCAACGGCGUUCCGGAGGCUAAAACGCUCAGCACGCGUUUGAGCGCGAGUUUGCUCGGUCCUAAAGGAGCUGUUCUUGAAGAAGGCGCUGGAGCGGGAGAGGGCAAGAAGGAGAACCCUGUCGCGCGGUUGAAGCUCCUGCUCAUCGUGUCGUUCUUAACCUUACACGUUCUAAACCUCUGCGCGCCCGUAUUCACCCAUUCCGCUUCGUCGACCACUACAUCGACGCCCUCUGCGUACACCGAUACGAGCGAAGAAGGACUGAUCGGCGUUCGGCGCGUGGACCUUGCCGGUCCGGCUGUGGCGUCGGCGCUUGAUACGCUCGCCGCGGGCGUCUCGUCUUCGGCCGAUGCCGGGAACGGAAGCGCCGUGUUUGUGCGCGUUGCGGCGCCUGUCGUGCUUCGGGUUACGUCGACUGCUGAGGCUGCGCCGGGCAAUGGGAGGACGAGCGAGGAGAGCGCGUUGGAGGGGUUUAUGAGCGCUUGGACGAGGCUUGUUGGGGACCCGGUGUUGAGCAAGUGGAUCGUGCUGUUGCUUGGCGCGAGUGUUGCAUUGAAUGGGUAUCUGCUCAAGGGUCUUGCUGCCGGUACUGGAUCAACUCGCGGCGUACUUGGCCAACCAGGAGGCGGCGCCGUCCGCUUCGGCGGUCCCGAGUUCAAAGAGACCGAAGCCGCCACCCGGCCCUCCGCCACCUCCACCGCCGUCAAGCCCAGCGGCACCUCACACACGAACGGACACGCAAAUGGCUGGGCCGACCCUCUCAAAGCCGUCGAGAAGCCCGAGAAACCCGUUCAGUUCUUCGAAGCACCGCGCCGCGCACCUCCGCCGCUCGCUAUUCCCCAACCUUUGGCGUUCCCUACAACAUCGAAUAUUGUCAAGCCUGAGCCUGUUCGGCCGCUACAGAAGGUCGCGUCGUCGACUGGCAUAAGCAAUAUGCUCGAAUCUGUCGACGCGCGGUUGAAAGCGCUCGCUCCUGGUCCUACAUCGUCAUCGUCUUCGGACGACGGGAAGCUUGUCACUGAGAGCCUGACCGUACGCACUCUGGCCGAAUGCGUGGACAUCUACGAGAACGGGCCGAGACCGGCAAGCGUCGCGCUUGCGAGUCUGAACGACGAGGAAGUCAUCCUCCUAGCACAAGCGGGCAAGAUCCAGGCAUAUGCGCUCGAGAAGGUACUCGGCGACUUAGAACGGGCCGUCGUCAUCCGCCGCGCGCUCGUCUCGCGCGCAAGCGCGACAAAGACGCUGGAAUACUCGGACGUGCCGUACGCGAACUACGACUACUCGCGCGUGAUGGGCGCCUGCUGCGAGAACGUCGUCGGGUACAUCCCGCUCCCGUUCGGUAUCGCCGGCCCGCUCGUGCUCGACGGCGUGAAGAUCCCCGUCCCGAUGGCUACGGCGGAAGGCACGCUCGUCGCGUCUACGUCGCGCGGGUGUAAAGCGCUCAAUGCUGGCGGAGGCGUCAAGACGGUUAUCACGGCCGACGGCAUGACGCGCGGGCCUGCGCUGGACUUCCCGAGCGUUAUGUUGGCCGCCGAGGCCAAGGCGUACAUCGACUCUACAUCAGGGUACGAGGAGCUCCGCGAAGCGUUCGAGAGCACUAGUCGCUUCGCGAAGCUGCAGAGCAUGAAGACGGCCCUGGCGGGACGCACGCUGUUCGUCCGGUUCAAGACGACGACCGGCGACGCGAUGGGCAUGAACAUGAUCUCGAAAGGCACGGAAAAGGCGCUCGAGAAGCUCACGGAGAAGUUCCCCGCUAUGGUCGUCCUCGCGCUCUCGGGCAACUACUGCACCGACAAGAAGCCCGCCGCUAUUAACUGGAUCGAGGGUCGCGGCAAGUCUGUUGUUGCUGAGGCCGUUGUGCCAGGUCAGGACCCGGCGCAGAAUGUGGAGAGCAGUCAGUGUAUGACGCUCAUGGAACCGACAAACGACGGCGCAGAUCUCCUCGUAACGAUCACGAUGCCCUGUAUCGAAGUCGGCACCGUCGGCGGCGGCACCAUCCUCGCGCCCCAAGGCGCCGUCCUCGAAAUGCUCGGCCUCAAAGGCGCACACCCCACGCACCCCGGCGCAAACGCGCAGGGCCUCGCGCGCCUAAUCGCAGGCGCCGUCAUGGCCGGCGAGCUCUCCCUCAUGGCCGCGCUCGCCGCCGGCCACCUCAUCCGCGCGCACAUGGCGCACAACCGCUCGCAAGUCGGCACGCCCGCCGUGUCGCGGCCAAUGACGCCCGGCACGGGGACGCCGGUCGUGAAGAGCGCGGAUGUGGACUGGAUGCCGAGCUCGACGCCGGGCGGGGGCGCGAUUGGGAGGGCGCAGACGGGCGAGAUUAGGGUUAGCGAGAGCGCGAAGAGGUUGGCGGGCGUUUCGGUUGUGCCGAGUCCGGCGGCGGGGACGAGGACGCCGGAGGAGGCUACGCCGCAUGCGGCACGAGAAGGGGAGAAGGACGAGAGUGCGGCGGCAUAG